AUGACUGUCAGAAGUAGUCAGCUAAUGCUGAAUGAGUGUGGAACAGAGGCAAGGCGGCCACAGAUGACUGACAUCAAAGUGCAGUGUGGAACUUCAUCCAUUGGUCUGGCGAUAGAAAUCUGCCCCGUCAUCUACACCGGCUAUAACGAGACGCUGCUGAUCCUGAACCACAUGCUGGAGCCAGCCUGCAGAGCAACCCUGGAUGAUUCUGUGACUCCACCUGUAGCUCGCUUUAAUUUCCCACUCAAUAUGACCCACGCUUGUGGAAGCGUGUUCAGGACAACCAGUGCUGCUGGCACAGGUAUAUUCUCAGAUUUUUCCAACAUCCAGACGGUCAACAUCAGCGGCGUUGUCCGGUCCAUCGAUCCUACAACAGGCACGAUCACUUACAAUGCCGAGCUGAAGUACUACUACUCCUGCGCCUAUCCAUUAGAAUAUCUGAUCAACAACACCCAGAUCGAUGUGUCUGCCUCCUCCAUCGCAAUCAAGGACAACAACGGGAGUUUCAUCAGCACCUUAAGCUUGGAGCUGUUCAGUGACGCCAACUACACCCGGCCGAUGGUCAUUCCAGAGCUGGGGAUUGAACUGAGGACCAGUGUGUACGUGGAGGUCAAGGCCACCAACUUGACAGGGCAGUACCACAUCCUGCUUGACCGGUGCUAUGCCUCUAUCUCCCCACUGCCUUCUAACUCCAGCUUCUUCAACCUGUUUGUCCCCUGUUCUAAAGACCAGUUCACCACCAUGAUCGAGAACGGAGACAGUCAGAGCGCCCGCUUCCGCUUCCCGGCCUUUCGCUUCAUCGAGCAGCAAAACGAGACCGUGUCCACCUACUACCUGCACUGUAUUACCCGAUUGUGUGAAAAAAGCACUUGCAGCACCUUCAAACAGUGCAACAGCAGGAGGAAGAGGAGCAACCUGGACACAUCUUCACUGGGCAUCAGCAAGACUUACACCAUCUCCUCUCCAGAGAUCAUCACCAAAACCAAGGCCAACGAGUCCAAAGAGAAGCCCUUUGUCGCCAAAGAAGAGGAUGACUCUGCUGUCGGACUUGGCGUGGCCGUCGGAGUCCUUGCUUUUGCUUGCCUUAUUGCUCUCAGUGUUGCAGCUGUGUUUUACAAAAGGCUCAGGAACUAA